CGUAACCUCCACGGCAGGGAGUUUGUCCGAACCGAGACACCGUAGAGCGAGGGAGCGACCAUUUCAACACAGGAGGGGGAGGCCAUCUCGAAGACGAAAUGAUUGUUUAACGAAGAAACACAUAAAAGCGAUUUGUUUCCUAAUACGAGAACUUAAAAAAACACGUUUUAAAGCGCAAGCGUCAUUAUCAAAAGUUAUAAACAAAAACAAAAACAAUUCUGGCGCCUCUUUCAUGGUGUGGCCGAGCGGGGGCCUCGCUGACGCAUGCGCACUGAGCGCGCUCGGAUGAAGAUGGCGGACGGGCGGUUUUGUCGUCGGACGUGAAAUUCAAAAACAACAAAAAAACGAAUUUAAAAAAAGAAAAUGUAAAGUUAACACCUUCAAAAACAAUUAAAAAAAACAAGAAAAAAAAGGGGGUGGGUGAGGAACGACGCGACGGAGGGAACCGGCCGGUCAGAAACUUAAAAGAUAAUUAAAAUCUCGCUUUAUUUUUCGCUUUUUUUUUUGUUUUUCAAAACACACAAACUGGUUUUGUUGUUACUGCGAUUGGUUCUGGUUUUAACUCUGCACAGUCAUCCAGCACACAAUUAAAACACACACACACGCCUAUUAAAACUGCCGUUUAAAUGUAGCUCGGAUUAAUUAGCCAGAGAGCAACGAUCACAAUACAGAAUAUAUCUUAUGAAAUGCGCUUGAUAUUAAAGAGUUGCACACGCAACAGGAUUUAAAAACGUCGUUGCAUUUCAAACGCUUCACUGCCGUAGCUAGCAGAGCGUAUGUUAGUUAUUAUUAUUAUUAUUAUUAUUUAAAUAAAAUAGAAACUAGCUAACAGGUGAAUUCCAGAACCUUCCAAUCUUAUAAUACAACCAGCGGUCUUGUGCUGUACAGUUUUUCAUAGAGCUAAAAAAAAAAAAAAAAAAAAACAGAUUAACUCAAUUCUAAUAAAUAAAGUGGUGAUCUCCGUGUUUAAAAUUUAUUAACGGUUGCAAAAACGUUGCUUUUUUUAAAUAAAAAAGUUACAUCUAAAAAAAACGCUAUCUCCAUUGAUAGAAUCGGAUUAAAGAAACAAUAUUAUAUUUAUUUAUUAAAAAAAAAAUAAUUAAAAAACUCCUCCGUUGAUCGAUAUUAUUAAGUUAUUGCAGUACGCGCCGCGCGUCCCCGGAACACCCCGCGAGCGCGCCGCGCGUCCCCGGAACACCCCGCGAGCGCGCCGCGCGUCCCCGCCACCCCGCGAGCGCGCCGCCGUGCCCGCCCAGCGCGACACACGGCAAAGAUGGCGGCGGGAGGAGGCAGCAGCAGCAGCAGCAGCGCCAGCGGCGGCGACCGCCGAGUCUCCUCAGCGGGGGGACUCGAGUCGUCCGUGGACCGCAAAUUUCAAGCGGUCUCCAACACCAUGGAGUCCAUCCAGGGGCUUUCCAGCUGGUGUAUCGAGAAUAAGAAGCACAGCGCCGUCGUCGUUCGCCACUGGAUCCGGUCCCUGAAGAGAGCCGACUCUGCCCAGCGUCUCAAUCUCUUCUACGUGGCCAACGAUGUGAUCCAGAACUGCAAGCGCAAGAACGCCAUGGUGUACCGGAGUGCCUUCGCUGAGGUGCUGCCCGGCGCCGCCCUGCUGGUCAAGGAUGCCGCGGUGCGGAAAGCCGUGGAGCGGAUUUUUACAAUCUGGGAGGAGCGGAACGUUUAUCCCGAGGAGCUCAUCGCCGAACUGAAAACGGGACUCGUCAAGAAAGAAGCUCCCGUGCCUCUCAACCCCAAAGCAGCCCUCAAGUCCAAGAUUGUUGCAGAAUUCACGCCCCAGACCUUCAUCGAUCAGCUGGCCGCCUACAAGCGCUCGGUGGACGAAGUGGACAUCAAGGAGAAGCAGCUGGCCACCAUGAGGGUGGACGUGUGCAGCACAGAGACCCUCAAACGACUGAAAGACAAGGCGGGAGGGAAGAGGUUCUCGAAGGAUUUCGAGGAUGGCAGUGCGAAGCUCGAGGAGUUUGUGUCGUUCCUGGAGACUCGGGUGCGCAGCGGGCCCCCCCUGAUCGAGGCCCUGGAGAACGCAGACGUCUUCUACGAAGCGCAGUACAAGGAGGUCAAGAUCGUCGCGAACGCGUACAAGACCUUUGCAAACCGCGUGGGUAAUCUGAAGAAGAAGCUGGACCUGCUGAAAAGCAGCCUGCCAGACCCGGAGGAGUCUCCCGUCCCCUCCCCCAGCAUGGACGCACCCUCUCCCACGGGCUCCGAGUCCCCCUUCCACGACAUGGAGGAGGAGGGGGCGGGGACGACGGGGGACGUGGACGGGGUGGAGAUGGACGAGCCCUUCGGGGGGGUGACCCCCCGCUCCUCCAGUCCGGAGCCCACCGAGGACAACAGAGAUGUGGAGGACAUGGAGCUGUCUGACGACGAGGGGCCCGCACACCAGCACAUCAUAGUGGACGAGCGCAGGGAGGAGAGGCGUGACUCCGCAGUGCAGUCCGGCUCCUCUCCGACUCGCCCUCUCACCGGCACCCCCGCCAGGCAGACCCCCCUCCCGGGGAUCCCGCUCCCCAGCCUCGCCAACGUGGACCUGGGCAAGAUCAGCUCCAUUCUCAGCAGCCUCACCUCCGUCAUGAAGAGCACGGGAGCAAGCCCCGUCUCCAGACCCUCUCCCGGCACCCCCACCACCCCCACCUCCCUCCCCGGGGGCCCCAAGACCCCCGUGCACGGCCCCUCGGCCCCUGCCAACGCCAACCCCCUGGCCAGCAUCCUGUCCAAAGUGGACGUCACUGCCGAAGGCAUCCUCAGUGCCCUGUCCAAAACCCCAGGGCAGCCUGGGCCCAGCCUGCAAGGCCUUUCCUCUCUGCUUCAGGGCGUCGCUGUCGGAAAUUCUCAACCUGCCCCUCACACAACCAAGGACAGACCCCCCUCCACGACUACCCCCUCCUCCUCCUCCUCCUCAUCAUCAUCUCUGACUCCUUCUCAGCUCCCCGCCCCUUCCAGGAGCCAGCCUGGCCACUCCUUCAGCUCCCCUGCCCACGAAGUCUCCUCCAGCUCAGCCACCAAGAGCCAGGCAGCCCCCAGCAGCAGCAGCAGCAGCAGCUCCAGAAACAAGCAGCCCAGCUCCAGCUCUGCACACCGGGGUAACAAACCUGGAAAGGACGGGCCCCCAGCACGGCAGCAACAGCAGGAGCCCUCGACCUCCUCCCCUUCCCCCUCCAGCCUGGAGCUCAAAAUCCACAGGUUCCUCCAGGGGAACCCCGGAUUCAGCGCCCUGAACCUCAAUAUCCCCAUUCUGGGAGGAGGAGGAGGAGGAGGGGGUAGUGCAGGUGGAGAGGCUUCUGAAGCCAACGCCAGUGGCCCGGAAUUCCUGCCGAGCCAACUCUCUGAGAAUGUGGAGGGCACUCCGGUGAGGGACGAGAGAGGGGGGACCCCCACGCAGGACGAAAUGAUGGACAAGCCUUCCUCCUCCUCUGUCUCCUCUUCCUCCUCCUCCUCUCUGGGAGUAGUGGACCCCAUGUCCCUCCUGUCCAAAAUCCUGAGCCCUGGUCCCUCCUCGACCCCCAGCGCCCCGUCCCCCCUCCUGGGGCGGGACGGUUACACCCCGAACCCCAAACUGCUGUCAAACUCGACCAGCAGCGGUCAGAAUAAAACCGUUAAUAAAAAUGAUGACGGUAAGCUAACCAAGAGCAAAGUGGCUGCCAUUGGCGUGGCCACCACCAGCGCCUCUAAUGCAGCCUCUAUAUCUUCAACUACUCCCUACAGCCAAGGGGUGAGGCUGGAUCUCUCCCCCACUGCCUACAGGGCUCAGGCAGGCAGCUGGGGGGGGCAGCAGCCCUCCUCAUCCUCCCUGGGAGGCCUAGUCGACGCCCCUCCUGAGAAUUUCUACCCCGAUAAUGAGGAGGGGGAGGAAGAGGGGGGAUACGAAUACGGCUGUGCGGAGAAAAGGCCCCACAAGGUUAUCACGAAGGGGGGGGCAGGAGGAGGAGGAGGAGGGGGGGGGAAGCAUCAGAGGCGUCCGUCCAGCGAAGGCGGGACAAGAGAGUACAAGAAUAAGAAACCUUCCACUCCGUCGUCGUCGUCUGGGAAUCGACAGCAGAAAGACAGCGGCGGCUAUAACAACAGCAACAACAACAACGGCAAUUUCAACAGCCGCCCCAGCCCCUCCCCCUCUGGGCACGGUUACGGGUACGGGAGUGGGGGUUCAGAGGGCGCCCCCUCGCCUUCCCCGAAAGCCAGCGAAGUUUUUUUCCCUCCCACCAGCGACCCUGCCGGAGCCAACCACAGCAAGCACUUCGGAGGGCUGGCGGAUUCCUCCCCCCAUUCCGGCCGACACUUGGUUUCUUCCCAGAGCGGUGGCGGUGCUGGAACGGGUCAGCCCAACUCCUUCGGCAGGGGGGGGCUGGGGAACAGAGGUGGCGGGGGCGAGAAGCCCCAGCUGAGCUCCCCUACGUCUUCGAGCUUGGAAUUCAAAAAGAUCAAUAAUAAUAAUACUACUAAUAAUCCAAAUUCAAGUUCCAGCUCGCGAAAGUCUUCCGAUAGCGAAUUCGGAGGCCAUCCGAGAGACAGGGAUUUCCCCGCCAAGGGUCCGGAGCAGGACGAGGAACACUACAGGAUCGAGACCCGCGUCUCCUCCUCCGACCCGCUCCCCGACAGCACUGUGGGAAAGGGGGCCCCCAUCGAGACUUUGGGGUACAACAACUGCAGGAUGUCCGGCGAGAGGAUCCAGACGGUGGAGUCCAUCAGGGUGAUCGGGAAGGGGACCCUGCCUGCCGGAGAAGGGGGCGCCUGGUAUGAAAGCGGGGAACCCUACAUGGAACCCCCUUCCGAUCUCUCGGGGGUACCCCCUCUCCCACCCUCCCCCUCCUCCUCUUCCUCUUCUGCUCCUCCUCCUCCUCCUCUAACGGCCGGGCUGCCCCAUCAGCAGCAGCAGCCCCCUCCCCACCCUGGUUUUGGGAACCAGUUCGAGGAUUGCCUCCCCCUGCAGCACUUCCAGGACACCCCCGGCGGACCCUUCUUUGGGAACUCGCACACCCUUCUCCCUCCCAUCCCCCUCCUGCCGCCCCCCCCACCGGGCACCCCCAGAGAUUUUGGGAUGCCCCCCAACCCUCCUAUGAUGCUGCUCCUGGACCCCUUAAUGCCCCCCCAGCCCGUCCCCAACAACCAGUUCCCCCCUCCCCCUCAAGACGGGGCCCCCACCCCUCUCCUCCCCCCCCUUCCCCAGCUUCUCAAACCUCCUCCUCUAAUGGGGGACCAUCCGCCCCGCCCCGGCACGGUCAAAGAGUAUUUCGGGGGCCUCCCCAGCCUCCUGCCUUCCCCCACGGAGCAGCACCCCCCCAACCUGGGGAGGGUGAGGGAGAGCCUGGGGGGCCACGGUCACCUCCUGCCCGCCGGGCCUCCGCCCGGCUCUCCCAGGGAGCAGUGCGGGGGGCUGCAGCAAGGGGGCGCCCCACAGCAACGACACCGCCUGCCGCCCCCCCUCCAGCAGCAGCACCGGAUGGACGGCGGGAUGGUGCCUCUGCUCCCCCCCCGGCCGAAACCAUUUCAACAGCAGCGGCACCCUCACCCUCUGCAAACGGGACCUUAUUUCCGCAACCCACGCCCCGAUUUCAGGCCCAGGGAACCCCACUUCCAUCCGAGGGAGCCGUUCCGAGGAGCCAAGAGGCCCAGGCCGUCUUUCAUGGGGGUGGGAGGUGGAGGGGGGCCCUUUUACGCCCCCAAACGCCCUUUCCUUCCCCCUCGCUAUUAAAAUUAAAAAUAUAACAGAUCACCUCACAGAAUAAAAUGAUCUUGCAUCCACACCUUCUCCCCCCCACCACCCCCCACACAUUUUUCUUUUAAUGCAUCAAGUUUGCCAGCUCCCCCCCCCCACCCCCCCGAAAAAAUAAAUGAGCCAAAUUCUUGUAACUGAGAACGGAGCGAAGCCCGAAGCAGCCUGUCUCUGCCUGCCUGCCUGCCUGCCUGCCUGUCUGGUCACUGUUCCAGCAUUGUGCUCUGCCUCCAACACAUCCAAUUCAAACACAGCUGUUACAUGAAGUGUGCUUCAGUGCUCACAGGGAAGACAAGAGGGAGAUGAGAGAGAAUUACUAAGAAGAAGAAAAAAAAAGGUGGUUAUUAUUUUUUUGUUUUGUUUUGUUUUCCCCCCUUUGUUAUUUUCUAUAAUGAGAGAAAAAAAAAACACCAUUGCAUGGUUUGGAAACCAAAAGUACGACUGAAUUCUGAUCAGAGUACCGCAUGUACUGUUACCAUGUUUGAGUAACAGAGAAACCGUUCUAGAUUGGAAACUUCAGGUGUAAAGUAGGAAAAAAAGGGUUUUUAUAGUGGUGGAUGUGUUUGGAAGUUAUAAAGCAAACUUCAGGAAUUCAACGGACAGACGCGUCGACUAAAAACCUUUUUAUCCACCCCCCCCCACCCCCCCUCGUCUUUGAGAAUCCAGUUUUGUGUUUCUAAACAUAGAGCUGCUUGGCUGGUUUUUUGUUUUUUCUAAAAAUUGUUUAGGGGUUAAAAAGGUUUGCAAUUAUCUUGAUCCUGUCCCGUAACUUACCUUGCAAAUGCAGCUCUCCCUUGAAAAAAAAGAAAUUAAUUCUGUAAAAAAAGAAAAAAAAAGAAAGUUGUUGGCUCAUCCUUGUUCUGUGUGAAAGAUGAUCAUUUUAGUGUAUGUUUAGUUUUUAUUUUGUUCAAAAAUGAAAAUUAUAUAUUAAACAAACAAAGAAAAGUUGUAAAAACAGAAAUCUUUUUUUUUUUUUUAAUUACCGUUUAUCACUUUGUUUUUCAUGUUAACUGAAGAAAAUGGUAAAAACAAAAACAUGUCCCCCCCCCCCCUCACCUAAAUCCUCCCUUUUAUUUAUUUUCUAUUACGAAUCCAUUUGACUCUCUUUAGUCAAGGAAGACCACGGGGAACGCCUAGAGUAGAGUCCUCUUGAUGAGCUGCUGUUUGGAUGAUCUGUCCGCUCUCUGGAGAAUGUGUGAAAACUGUUAGUCUGUGAACUACAGCGGCUGUUUUUUGCAGUGAGAAUUGUGUUGCCAAACCCCCGGCCCCCCAAAAAAGCAAAAUAUAUAUAGAUAUAUAUGUUUAAAAAAAAUUAAACGCUUAAAAAUCUUGUUUGAAA